GGCUGCGUUCGAGCAUAUGUUUUCCAAGACGCUUUUGAAGUCUGAGAAUAUUACAGCUUUUUCAAGGUCCAUUUGCCAGAUAACUAUAAGUGCUUGGAGGAUGGCCCAAGCCUCAGCCGAAAAGAUGGUAACUUCGGUUGGCAAUUUAUGCCUCAGUUGAAAGUCCAAGUCUGGAGAGUAUACGCCGGCGCCCACAAAGCCUGACUCGUCUUUGGAACCGUCAGUGUAAAACGAGACAGCAUUUCUCCUCAGGUCCUGAGUGCUUUCAAGGAAAAUAGAAUUAACGUUUUGGAUGUCAGAGUGAAAAUGGAUAGGCUUUUUCAUGGCGAAUGGGAUGUCUGGUGGCUGUAAUUAGAUCGUCCAGACUGGUGGUAACCGGGCUGAAUUCUUGGCUGAUGUUCUUGAUGACUAAUUUGGAGGCUGCAAUAACAAUCUGCUUCCUCUUUGUUCUCUCGUGGACUCCGUAUGGUGUUCUCGCAAUGAUUGGUGCUUUUGGAAAUAAGGCAUUGUUAACUCCCGGUAUCACGAUGAUACCAGCAUGCGCGUGCAAAUUUGUGGCUUGCCUGGAUCCAUAUGUAUAUGCCAUAAGCCAUCCAAGAUACAGGUUGGAACUGCAAAAACGAUUACCAUGGUUAGAAUUGCAAGAGAAGCUUCCCGCAGACACACAGAGCUCUACAACUGAAACAGUGAAUGCGCCAUUAUCUUAAAUCUCAUUCAAUUUUAUAUAAUGACUGUAGUUAUUUAUGAUAUGAUAUGAUCAAUUGUCCUUAUAAAGAUUAUAUUUCUUGUUAUUACAGUAUGUUGAUUGUAUAGUCUAUAUUAAUCUAGUAGCAAGUAAACAAUUGUAAAUUCAUAAAUGUGAAUAAUGUAAGCUUAAUAAGCAUAA